AAAAGAAGGGAGUAUUUAUUUUUCCCUAAAAGAAACACAUACUCCCUCCCUCCAUCGAAGUGGCCAAAGUACCAAACCAACCGGUCUCGAUCAAUGGCGAGGACCACAGAUAAGAUGACGACAAUGGAAUGUUAGUGGUGGAACGGAGUGCUUUGGAGUCAGUUGCUAUACCGGAGAGAGUAGAGAGGGUGAUACUGAUACGACAUCACAAACUGGGUCGGACUCCUACCGAGAGAGAAGUCUUCAGUAUCUAGAACCCAUAUAAAUUUGAGGUAACAAACAAUUGUUGAUACCCAACAAAAGCAAACCAAAUUGAUUUUUUAUCUGAUCUUCCUAGCUUAAAAGUGCUGUCGCUUUGCAAUCUUGCUCUGUAAAUACAUUCAUUUACCCUGUCCUAUUUCUCUUCAUUCAUAAUCUAUGACCUACGAUUUGUUCGAGGCAUCGGCGUAAAAUCGGAAAAGGUGGAAGAUUCAAUUGUUCUAACAUCCUUAUCAGCCUAUCUCAGUUUUAUUUGGAGGAUAUGAAUUUUGCCGGCCCUUCUAUAGGUUCUGCUGGUAGAGCUGUUCAAAGAUCCUUCAACUUUGGAAAGACUUAUGUGGUGAAACCCAAAGGUAAACACCAGGCAACGGUAGUUUGGCUGCAUGGACUUGGAGAUAAUGGUUCUAGCUGGUCCAGUCUUUUGGAUACCCUCCCUCUUCCAAACAUUAAGUGGAUCUGUCCUACAGCCCCUCAGCUACCAAUAUCUUUAUUUGGAGGCUUUCCUUCAAAUGCUUGGUUCGAUGUGAAUGAACUUUCCGAAGAUGCAAUUGAUGAUAUAGAGGGCCUGGAUAUUUCAGCAUCAUAUGUGGCAAGCUUGUUGGCAACAGAGCCUCCUGACGUCAAACUUGCUGUUGGGGGCUUUAGCAUGGGCGCCGCAAUAUCCCUUCACUGCGCAACAUGUUACACUGUUGGGAAAUUUGAGAAUGGGAACCCAUUCAAUUCCAACUUAAGUGCCGUAGUUGGCUUAAGUGGCUGGCUUCCCUGUGCCAAGACUCUAAGCAACAAAUUAGGAGGGAUUGAAGAGGCUGCAAGACGUGUCGCUUCACUGCCUAUCCUACUAUGUCAUGGCAAAGGAGAUGAUGUAGUUGCUUACACAUAUGGUGAGAAGUCAUCACACACUCUGAGUGCAACUGGGUUUCAAGAUGUCACUUUCAAAUCAUACAAAAGCCUUGGGCACUACACUGUCCCAGAGGAGAUGGAUGAAGUUUGUACCUGGUUAACCUCUAAGCUGGGGCUUGAGAGAUAAUUGUGAUCUUGCUGUUUUGCUGUGUUAACUUUGGCUGUUGCUAAAAGUGCAAGAUGGUAAUGCGAAAGCUUGUGUCACAAAUGCUUUUUUCAGUUCCCAAUGUGGCGGGCUAUGUGUGCCUUGUAAUGGAUUUGGGAUUCUACAGAUUUGAUUUUAGAGAGCGAGUCCCUUUGGUAAUAGCCCUAUUUUGCAUAUUCUGUUUAUGAGCAGAGUAAUAUGAAUAAGUAGCGUCUUGAACUUCAUAAUUGGGCUGGAAUGGGUUUUACCAUUAAUUUGGCUUUUAUUACACUUUUUAUGAACAUACAAAAUAAAAAUAUGACAUUCUUUUGAGUUUAUAAAAAAACUGACCUAGUAUGAUUGUAUGAGUAAAGUUCAGCUGAUCUUUU